UUUUCCAGGCACGUUGACGUACAGCACGUCAAUGCGGUAGUAGCGUACGGCCGAGGCAGAGCGCUAGCCGUAGGUUAGAGAGGUGGUCUGUGUACCGACCGGCGCAACCGUUUCAAAAGUGACACCCAGUGGGCCGCAGAGAUUUUAGGGGAGCCCUAGGUCGGAAACCAACAUGGGGAACGCAGAGAGCGGCGGCGGGGGAGCCAGCGGCGACGAGGAAGACGUAGAAACUGAGAGCCCCGGCUUCGCGGAAGACAGUCCGGCCUCUGCAGCCACUGCAGUCGGUGUCGGAGGCGGCGGCUGCUCCGGCUCGGGGAGAAGCGGAAGGGGAUCGAAUAACCCGCCCGUGCCCACCGGUGGACCGCCGAGCCCCGGGGUGCUCCUCGAGCAAGUGAAACUGAGGGAAGCGGCGGCUCGCAUCAGCGACUCCGGUGUCGCCAUUCAGGAGUCCGUCCUGGCCGGGAACGAGGGCGUCCUGGUGCGGUGGCUGGAAGACCGCUUGAACCGAGGAGAGGAGUCCGUCAAUGUGGAGCAAUUCUGUGAGAUGUUGGAGAGCAGAGACGCCCCGAGAGAUGAGUGUGAAGAGGCGUUUGGACAGUUUGAUGCCGAGGGGGAUGGGGUGGUGGAUGUAGAGAGCAUGCUGAUUGCACUGAAGAACUCUAAUGGAGCUAAUCUAAAGGGAGAGCUGAGUCAUGUGAUAAGACAGCUACAGGCGUGCUCCCUAACUCCAGGUUUUGUUGACAUAUUCUCCAAGACAAAAGACCGGUUAGGAGCACAUGCCUCUAAGAUCCUUAAAUUCCUACACCGGAAUCGUAUUCCCAGCAGUGCCAUCCCCUUCCCUAUUUUAGAGGGCUACAACAGUAUCUGCACCAUGAGGUCCAGUGUGGUGCAGGACUUCUUGGAAGCCCUCUUGCAGAAGGAGAAAGAUUUAGAUAUCCAGUACCGAGCGGAGCUGGACCGUGAUCCGGAGGUGGACAAAGUCAAGGUGGUCACACAGUGCUACAGCACAUUGGAAGCGUCAUCCAACGUUGCAGACGUGUACAAGAUGACAAAUGGGGAAACUGCGUCUUUCUGGCAGUCGGACGGCAGUGCACGCUCGCACUGGAUAAGGUUAAAAAUGAAGCCUGAUGUGGUUUUGAGACGCCUGGCCAUUGCCGUGGCCUCUAAUGACCACAGCUACAUGCCUCAGCUGGUCUCCGUUGCGGUCGGGAAAAACCGGCGUUCCUUGCAGGAGAUCAGAGACAUCCGGAUCCCCAGCAAUGUCACGGGCUACGUAGCCCUCUUGGAGAAUGCCAACAUCACACACCCCUACAUCCAGAUUAAUAUUAAGCGGUGCCUGAGCGACGGAUGUGACACACGGAUUCAUGGCUUGAAGACGCUGGGCUAUCAGAUUACCAAGAGUAAAGAGGUGUCUGUUUCGGAUGCUUCAGCCAUCUGGUACCUGUCUCUCCUCACCUCCUUGGUCACCGCAUCCAUGGAGACCAACCCUGCUCUGGCUCAGACUGUCCUUCAGAGCACGCAAAAAGCCUUACGACACAUGCCACCGUUGUCCUUGACACCGUCGUCCACCGAGUUCCCCAAGUUCUUCUCUUUGAACAUCCUGGAGGAGGUGGAUGGAUUUCUCCUCCGGAUUGCAGACUGCUGUGUGAGUCCCGAUGCCGAGUUGACCCUCCUGGCCUUUGCUCUGGCCAGAGGCAGCGUGGCAAAAGUGCUCCAGGCCCUGUCCUGCAUCAGCGACCAUUUGAAGACGGAGUACAAGGCCUCAUCCCUCAUCGUGUCUUUGGCCUCCGUUAGGCUGCGGCUACUUAAUCGCAAUGGAAAGCCCCUCCAGUUGCACCUGCAGGCCUGUGAUAUGAAGAGUAAAGAAGAGAAGUCGGGACCAGAGAACAUGCUCACAGAAUCCUCCACUGGUGACGGUUUCCUCACAGAAAGUGGCAGGAAGAGAGCCAGUGUGAUCCUGUCGACGGAGGACCAGAGUAACUUCCAGAUCACUCAGAUGAAGAUCAAAGUGCGAAAAGGAACCAUCGGUGCGAAAUGCGGCUUGGUGUUCGCGUACAAGGAGGAAGACGCUUUUGACGCAGAGAAACAUUUCAAGAGGUUCAAAAAGUAUGACGCGUGGGACUACAAGGACUAUAAAGACUUUGUUCAAGACAAUGUGAAGAUUCCAACACAGUCGGAGGACGAGCCCAUUGGCUGGUUUGAGCUGGAGGAUGACUGGAACGAUGUGGAGAUUAAGCUGCAGCAGUGUCGCGUUGCAAAGUUCCUGAUGGUAAAAUUCCUCUGCACCAGGCAGGACUCUGCCGAGCGCCUUGGAGUACAGUCCCUCACCUUCAGUGGCUAUCUGUGUCCCGGGCCAGAGAGGCUGGGAGACCUGGACAACCUCAGUCCAGAGGGCGACAGCUUCGACUGUGACGCUGUCGCUGGCCUUUGUCUACUGAACAAGACCCUAUUCUUCAUACAGCAGCUUACACGCGACAUGGAUGCCUCUCACUUCAAGCAGAAGUAUCUUCUGGACUUCAGUGGUCUCGGCCUGAACCUCUUUUGGAACUUCUACAGUAAACUCAGAGAGAUUGAGGGAGAGGAGGUGUUGAAGAGCAGAAUCCUGCUGCUCCAACUGAUGCAGAACUGUUUCCCCAUGCUGCCCAACUCGCUGGAGCCCCGGGGCCCCGAGGUGAGCAGAGGACCAGAUGAAGGAGCCCCAGCAGCAACGUGUCCAUCCACGUCCAGCAGUGCAGAGUGUCUGUCUGAAUCUGCGAGGGCUGUCGGUGAACUCUACACUCACCUCUGCCUCAUUGUGGAUGGUCCAGAAGGUGAGACAUUAGUGGAAAAAGCUUUGCACAAGGAAGCAGUCAAGGCCAUCCUUAAUGGAGCAGCAGUGUUCUUCCCUGAUAAACACGUCAGGCGGGACAAACUCUUCCACAUGAUGAAAAAUAUUACCGAACAGGAUCAGCCGGAGUCGGUGAAGGUGACGUUUGAAGCGCUGUGUAAUUACUUCAGUGACCAGGACCCAAGUGGCCUUCUGCUGCUCCCACCCAAAGGGGCUCCCUCAGACUUUGACAUCAGCCCCAUACGGUCGGUGAUGGAGACGUUGCUACUGGUGGCAACAAGAGAGUGUGAGGUGAUGAUGGCGGAUGAGAACAGUGGAGCCAGCAGGACCGUGUUGCUGUCCUUGUUCUGGGCUCUGCAGGGUAGCCUGGUCUCCUGGUGCUACCUGCAGCUCAAAGGGGGAGCCUCCACCACCAUCGCCAUGGAGCUGGCCAGAGACAUCCUACUAAAAUAUGUGGAUCAGUUCCUGGGAAGUAUCAAAGGUGUCCUUAGUUCCCUGCUGGGGAGGCACACUGGUGCUGAAAUCACUGACAAACUCUGCAGCUCCAUCCUUGCCACGGUCUUCAGACAACUGAUGAUUUUACUCCUGGAGCUGUGCUCUCUGGACAUCCCUCACAGUGUGCUGCUCAGGAGCUUCUCCUCGCUGGUGGAGCUGCUCAAAAGCCUGUCCAGUGAUACUGGAGACAUCUUUUCUAAGGUGGAUCAGGAGAGCUGGCACCAGCCCCAGCAGCCAGUGGUGCUGAGGACCUGGAGCAGGGAGUCCCCUCACAACUACGAGAAUAGCCGCCACGAGACCAGCAUCUUCGCCUGCCCCGGUGCGACCUCCUUUGAGGUGGAGUUUGACGAGCGCUGCGAGACAGAGAAAAGGUACGACUACCUAGAAUUCACAGAUUCUAGAGGUGGGAAGGUCCGUUACGACAUGAAGGUUGGAAGUGAGAAGUGGCCAAAGAAGGUGACAUUCGACGCCGGCCCUCAACUCCAGUUCCUCUUCCACUCUGAUAGCAGUAAUAACGAGUGGGGUUACAAGUUCACCGUGACCGCCCUGGGCCUGCCGGAUAUCACCAUUUCUUGGAUGUCAGACCUGCAGCUGCUGGUGGCUCGCCUGAUGGGUCGCCUCGCUUCCAGAACCCUCGCCCUGAAAUCCCCCCACGAGAUACGCACUGUGAAGGACCUUCCACCUGGGAAAAUGUCCCAUGUUCAGUCUUCUCCUUUAUGGAAACCCAUUCUGCGACACGGGUUGUGUGAAACCAGGGAGACUGACAGUAAAACACCUACGGACCAGACAAAUACCUGGACUCUUGAUGAGUUAACGAGCUUCCUGGAGGACUUUGCCCGCUGGAACCCUUCCCUGGAACCGACAGACAGCAGAACAAAGCUGAUGAAGACCCUCAUGCAGUCCUGCAGGAAACAGCCGAUGAGGAACGAGAUUGCCGCCGGUCCGAAGUCCGACCAAGCUGUGAAUGCCAUUUGGGCAGCCAUGGUGUACCACACAGCAGCCCUAAAUAAUGCCCUGAAGAACUGUGUUAAUCAGGACUGCAAGUCCUGUUUAGGUGAAGAGUUUGUGCAGGUGUAUUCAUUGGCAGACAGCAUCAGAACAUGGAUGUUGGAGAUGAAACAGAGAUACCUAGUUAGCAAAUUGAAUGUUCCUGACGAGAAAGAAGGAGGUCACGAUGAGGUUUCCAUGGAGACGCUAGCUGAGAUGUGCAUUGAGAAGAGCCUCUUGCUCUUCAGAUUCACCCCUUGUGGAGCCCCGUGUCAGGACGGCGGCUACUCCAAAGCUGCAGAGGGCAGCAACGCUCCACUCCUCCGCUCAAGCUCCAUCUCGGAAGGAGACUUCCAGGCCAGCUCCUCUCUGGGGCAACAGGCCGCGGGGUCCGAGGAGGGCGGGGAGGCCAGGGCGGGACAGAGCCAGCCCUGCGGUGCUCAAGUGCAAAACUCAUCUUCUUGUGGGCACAGCAGACAAGGCCACAGAGGCUCCACCGAGAGCCUCUCCUCCCAGUCGGGGGAUCCGGCCUCACCCUCCGCCAUCCCCCGCAAAGCCCCAUUCAGUCGGGCACGCCUUCGCCUCCUGUCCUGUCGAUCGCUAGAAGAGCCCCGCAUGGCCCCCGCUAUCAAGGAUCGCUACCCGAUACUCAAACACAUCCUGAACUUCAUAAAGGACCAGGCUCUCACAACCGCAAGCAUCCUGCAGACCCUGUCCCUGAGCAAGGCCCAGGCUCUGAGCGUGUGCAAAGUCCUGGAGAUGGUUCAGCAGUGUUUACAUUCCCUGGGAAAGCCGCACCUCUUCCAGGCCCCGUGCAUCCUGUUCCUACAGGAGCUGCUGGCAUGCCAGAAAGACUUCACAAGUUAUUUCUCUCAGUUGUCAGACAGCGGGCAGAAGCUAGGAGAGGAGGUGAGGCGCUCCUACCAUCAGUUGGUGCUCAUGCUGGUGGAGGCAGUACAAGGCUUCAGCAGCCUCAAUGAGAAAGCCCUGCUACCAGCCCUGUCAUGUGUGCAGACCUGCUUGUUGCACCUUCUCGACAUGAGCUGGGAGGUACAGGACCUUGACCUCUUCCUGAAUAUCAAGCUUCCUGACCUCCUGCUCAGCAUGUCCCAGGAGAACAUCAGUGUUCAUGACAUUGCCAUCAGUCAAUGGACCGAGGAGGAUGAAAUCGCUGACUACAAGAAGAACCAGGAGUGGAUGGAUGAGUGUAUGGACGGGAUGUUUGAGAAGUGGUACGACAAAAUCGAUGAAGAGGACUCCGUAGAGGACAGGAGAAAGAUGCACAUGUUCAUUGCACGCUACUGUGACCUGCUCAAUGUCGUGAUCUCCUGUGACGGCUGCGAGAGGAUGGCACCGUGGCACCGCUACCGAUGUCUGCAGUGCAUGGACAUGGACCUCUGCAAGACCUGCUUCCUCAGCGGUGCCAAGCCGGAGGGCCACGAGGAUGACCAUGAGAUGGUGAACAUGGAAUACGCCUGUGACCACUGCCAGGGGCUCAUUGUAGGCAGCAGGAUCAACUGCAACGUCUGCGAGGACUUUGAUCUGUGCUUUGGUUGUUACAAUGCAAAGAAGUAUCCAGACAGCCACCUGCCAACCCAUCGGAUCACCGUGUACCCCAUGGUGACCAUACGGAUCAGUGACCGCCACCGCUUGAUCCAGCCCUACAUCCACAACUACUCCUGGCUGCUGUUUGCAGCUUUGGCCCUCUACACGUCGGAACUGAGCAGCCAGAAGCAGAUGGAGGGAGAGUCUUUGGACAGCAAAACGUUGAGCCAGGCCUCAGCCCUGCAGACACACAGCUCCCAACUCAUCACUGAUUGUUUGCUCAAGGGCCAGACUGGAAAAGGACUACGUUCCUCAGCCUUGCUCGCUCUGCUGUCGUCCAAUGAAUCAGCUUCCGAUAGUGAACUGUGUCCAGUCUCUCCGGAGUCCUCCCAGGAGCUCAGUACAGCCACUGACACCUCCUCUCUCCCUGGCAGCACUGCAGCCGUCUGCUCCCCGUCGUCGCCCAGUGACAAGAGUCAACCAUUGGGUAAGGAGAACAAGGCAAAGGAGGUGGGCUCUCCUCCCCCUGCUCCCUCAGUGGUUUCAUCCCCACCAAGCUCUGCAGAGGUGGAGGAAGAGAAGGUGGUUGCCCAAGACACCCUGGACUCCUCCAGCCUCAGCCAGACGCCUUCUGUGUCCAUCGAGGACUCCCUCUCUCCUGUCGUCCGACCUUCAGAGCUUGGUCCAGGAACAGUCCACUCCGCAGCAACUGCCGUUGUGAAGGGGACAGACGAGAGGCUGCCCCAGGUUCCCCUUCAGGAGCAUGUGUUUUCAGAGUGCUCCCGAGAGAGGAUCCUGGGACUACUAGCAGCCAUGCUGCCACCAGCCAAACCGGGCAGCACCCUGUCUCUGCCCAGUCUGAACUCCAUCCUGCCCAAGCUUUUCAGGGCGGUCAUUUCCAAUGCAGGCUCUCUCAACGAGACCUACCACCUCACCCUCGGACUACUGGGUCAGCUGCUGCUCCGAAUCCCUCCGAUGGAGGCCGACACUGCCGUCACGGAGGCCCUGGCGGACAAAUAUGACUUGCUAACACAAGGAGAGGCAGCCAGUUCAGACACCCACGGCUGGAAGACCACCCAGUUGCUUUUCAGCCUGGGAGCCGUCUGUUUAGACAGUCGUAUUGGUUUGGAUUGGGCGUGCACCGUGGCCGAUAUCUUACACAGUCUGAAUGCUUGUCCCGAGUGGAGCACAGUGAUCGCUGCCUUCACUGACCACUGUAUUCAGCAGCUGCCGCAGACAUUGAAACGCACCAACCUCUUCACCCUGCUGGUGCUGGUGGGCUUCCCGGAGGUGCUGUGUGUCGGCACCCAGACCGUGUUUAUCGACAACGCCAACGAACAGCACAACAUGAUCUUGCUCAAACACUUCACGGAAAAGAACCAUGCUGCAGUGGUGGAUGUUAAGACGCGCAAGAGGAAAACAGUGAAGGACUACCAACUCAUCCAGUCUCAGGAUUCCACUGCAGCCGGUCUCCCGGGGCAGUCAGAGGGCCAGGGCUCCCCUAAUACACUCAGUCGAUACCUGAGCAACUUCAACUCAAUCAUCAGCCACCUACUGCAGGCCAGCCAGGACAAUGGCUCACCUGAUGCUGUGGAGGCAUCCUGGGUUCUCUCAUUGGCCCUUAAAGGCCUCUACAAUACCCUGAAGAAACACGGAGUGGAGCAAUCUCAGGAGGACAUCCAGCAGUCGGGACUGACCCAGCUGCUGGUGAGGAAGUGCAGCAAAGGGACAGGCUUCAGCAAGCUGUGGUUGCUGCGCGAUCUAGAGAUCCUCUCCAUCAUGCUGUACUCCUCCAAGAGGGAGAUCCACUCCAUGGCCCAGGACCCAGAGCGAGACCAAAGGGAGCAGGACAAGGAGCACGACUCUGACCACUCCAGCUGCUGCGCUGACGACACCGACGUCAGCAAGCCCGACCCCUUAGAGGGCCUCGAUGAGGAGACAAAGAUUUGCUUUCAGAUCACCCACGAUGCCUUAAACGCCCCUCUGCCCAUCCUGCGAGCCAUGUACGAGUUGCAGAUGAAGAGAACUGACUCCUUCUUCCUGGAGGUGCAAAAGAGAUUCGAUGGAGAGGAGAUAAAAACGGAUGAGAUGAUCCGGACGCUGGCUCAGAAGUGGCAACCCACCAGGAGGCCUCGCUCCGAGGAGAGGAACACCAAGGCCGUGGACACUGAUAUGAUUGUGGUGUCGUGCGUGUCCAAACCCAGCCACUGUGAAAAGGCCACCGAGGAGGUCAACGUCGUGGCCCAGAAGCUCAUCACAAAUUCCGAGAGCGACCUGCAGCUCAGCUACGCCAAGCAGAGGCGCACCAAAAGUUCUGCUCUCUUGCACAAGGAGCUGGACGUGCGGAGCAAUCGGGCGGUUCGUCAAUACCUGGUGAAGGUCAACCAGGCCAUCGCCACGCUGUACGCCCGCCACGUGCUGGCCUCGCUGCUGGCCGACUGGCCCGCGGAGGCGGCGCUGAGCGAGGAGGCCCUGGAACUGAGCGGCGCCUCGCACAUGGCCUACAUCCUGGACAUGUUGAUGCAGCUGGAGGAGAGGCCGCUCUGGGAGAAGAUUCUCCAGCGGGUGCUGAAGGGUUGCAGCCAGAGUAUGCUGUGCAGCCUGUCCCUCACUGCGUGCCAGUUCAUGGAGGAGCCAGGGAUGGCCGUGCAGAUCAGAGAGUCCAAACACCCGUAUGACAACAACACCAACUUUGAGGACAAGGUACACAUCCCUGGAGCCAUCUACCUUUCGGUGAAGUUUGACUCCCGCUGCAACACAGAGGAAGGCUGUGACGAGCUCAUCAUGUCCAGCAGCAGUGAUUUCCUCCAGGACGUCCACAACUUCAGCGGCUCCCCGCAGAAAUGGUCCGAUUUUGAGAUUCCUGGUGACACCCUGUACUACAGGUUUAUGUCCGACAUGAGCAACACAGAGUGGGGCUACAAGUUUACAGUUACAGGAGGCCACAGAGGACGUUUCCAGACAGGUUUCGAGAUACUGAAGCAAAUGUUGGCAGAUGAACAAGUGCUCAGUCACCUGCCACUGGCUGACAUCUGGGAGUGGCAGGUGGGUGUGGCAUGCCGCCAGACUGGGAACCAGCGCCUCAAAGCCAUUCACUUGUUGCUCCGCCUCCUGCAGUGUCAGUCCCAGACAGCCUGUGAGCUGACGCUGCUGCGGCCUCUGUGGCAGCUCUUCAUGUCCAUGGAAAACAGCCUGAGCCAGGACCCCACCAGCAUCACCGUGCUGCUGCCUCUUCACAGAGCCCUCACUGAACUCUUCUUCAUCGCAGAGGCCCGUGCCAUUGCACAGGGUAUCCUCCAGGAGUACCUGUUGGCCAUGACCACCGACGAGCAGCUCCUCAAUCACACUGCAAUGGCUCUGAAGAACAUCGCUGCCAUCAGCCUGGCUAUCAAUUACCCCAAUAAAUCCACCAAGCUACUCAACAUGUCCUCUUGAGAGAUGCACUGGGACACAUCCUGACUCGGCUGGUUUCACUUUGAACAAGGGAGGGAGAGGUGACCAUCCGGUGCUUUCCUUUCUCAAAGGACCCACCUCCACUCUGGAUGGGAGCUGUGGAGGGGUCCUCAAAGAGCACUUUCCACACGUACUCACAAUCCUUUUUGCCUUAGGUUAAACUGGUAUAUCAGCAUGUGCAUUCACUGGAACAGGAACAAUUGCGGGGCUCUCUCUCUUUUUUCUUUUCUUUUUUUUUAAACUUGAAGAUGCCGUGCUAAAGGACAUGAAGUGUGCCAUAUUCGCGACCUUCAAUGGAAAGUAUACACCUUUUUUCUUUUUGUUCUUUUUCCUGCUUUUGUUUCUCCUGAACAGCAGCCACUCCUGGGUUACAUAGUUGAUCAUGGUGAAAACAGGUCACCAUGGCGACGUACAUGUCCCAGUGGACAUGUAGAGCGUCCUAAAAAUACUGUCCAGGACAGUGGAUUCUCAUUAUUCACCAUGGAGAGAAAGUACUGACCUACUAGCUCAUUCCACUCCUUCUUUCCUUCCUUCUUUCCUUCCUUCCCCCUUCCUUCCUGUCAUUUGAUCUCCUUUCUAUUUCUACCUACCGUCUCUCCGUCCUCCUUUCCUUUCUGCUUCUGUCCUUUUCAGACGACAGAAGUAAAUGGUGGUAUGUUUUUCAGGGCUCCUAUUGAAGGGAAGGAUCAGUGCAUCGGCACAGAUAUCCGAAAACAUACAUGUGAUCCUCGACUUUCUGUCACGACGACACGUGUAAUGUGCACUAAAACCCACUGGGGCGCAACAGGAUGAAGAUGAUGCUCCAAUAGCCAUAGUCUUUGCAUAGGAUGAGAAUUACCGUGACAGCUGAGGGAAAGCUGUGAUAAUAUACUAUUGCAAUGCAUUCUUCUGUGUUAUUCUACCAAUAUGUUGAAGUAUUUCCACUCCAUUACAAGUCAAUGAAUGAAAGACCAUUCUGAUGUCAAAUGAUGAAUAACCGCAGCAAAAAAACAAAAGUCAUUGAAAAAUCCAGAAUCUCUUUAAGGCCUUGAGUUUUAUCCGCACAUUUAUUUAUUAAUUCUUAUUAUUUUAUCUAAUGUGUCAUCAAGUUGAACACUUUUUUUUUUUAUGUUGAAGCCCUGAUUUAUUUUUCACGGCAGUGAAAGAGGCUGAACUCUAAACCCCAGAUGGAGCGUCUUUCCCUCACGUCACCCAUGAAGACUUCAUUGACCGUCAAUGUCAAGAGUUGAAGUUUGACAUACUGAUAACGACACAUAAAGGCAUCCUGUAUAAUACACACGAUCCCACUUCACGAGUACCACAUCUCAUGUUUUGUAAGCUGGGAGAGUUGAAUGACCUCAUCUUUAGUAAUUACACAGGUAAUUGGUGUGACGCCUCCUUAAAUGUUCCACUAACACCACGUUUGAGGAAAGCUGAGAUCCACCAGUAGCCACUUCCUCAGAGAUCAGUCUUUCAAAUCUAAAGUUUUAAAGGGAGCGAGUUGUUAGGGGGGGG